GGGCUUAACACCACAUCUCGUUUUACGCAUGCGCAUUGUGCGCCAAACGGUUUGAAGACAGCAGCGCGAAAAAGUAGCUCGAGUGUUAAUGUGUCUAUAAGCUAGCCAGCUAGUUUGCGAUUUUAUUUGAAAACAUGCGUACUACAUUUGUGUCUUAACGUUAUAUAACUUGUUUUAGGUCUUAAUGUGUACAGCAAGAACGCUUCUGUUUAUUGUUGCUUCACUAGUGUUGUCUUAUUUUGCUACGUUAGUUUAACGUGAGCCACAACGUUAAGUAAAAACAUUGGGUUAGCUACAUUAGCUACUUUAUCGUUACCUUAGCUAGCUAACGUUACCAGAUAUGAAGCCCGUCAGAGCUUCCAACCGGGCCGCAUCAAAAGCACCUAACUUGAAAAACAAGAAAAAAAGAGACCAGAGGACGGAACAACAUGUAGCAGAGCAUCCGGUAACGGACCCAGCGCCCACUGAAAAAACCCAUGGCAAGAUCUCCCACCCAAAAGCAGCACAUAAGAGGAAAGCUGAAGGCUCAUCUUCGGUCCCAAACAAAGUCAAAGCUGAGGACAAAUGGAAGCUGAUGCCACGAUCCUCAAUCAAUGUUCUGGAGAACAUAAUGGACUUGUCAAUACUAGCAACUCUUGCUUUGAGACAUAAAGAGAAGAAAGAGAGCCAUGAACAUCUGAACAUAAUAAAAACCAGGUUUCUUGCUCAAUGUGCAGAACUCAAGGUUCCCGUGCAGAAACAAAACAUUUUGGAGCGCUCAUCUCAGCGCCACCAGGAGGAGGCCAAGAAGUCCGUGGUUGGAAAUACGACUCUGAGCACUCUGGAGGAAGACUUAAGGGCUGUUGUCCAGGCUCUGGAGAAGACCAACGAGCAGGCUGUCUCUUUACAGCACGCAGCCAGUAUGCUGAGAGACCAGGUGGAGGAGGAGGACCAGAAAGCUAAAGAGGUCUUAAAGAUAGCUGAAAAAGCAGAUCUCAAUCUUCCCCCGCUACCUCCACAAAAAGAUGAAACAACAUUAGAGGCUCGACUGAGAAAAAUUAUACCAGACAGUGAGUCUGAGACCGCUGCCCGGAAACUGGGAGAAAUCCUCCGGCAACCAGAGGCCGUUCAGGAUGCCCAGGCGCUGCUUCUACAAGCACACAGACAGCUCUCAGAUCAGCUCUUCAACUCGAUCAGUGGUGCACCUUGUUCAGACGUUUACCUCACCAAAUCUCUGCUCACACAGGUCUGAAAUGUUUUUGUUUUGUUUUUUUAAGGGACACUUAAACAAGUGUGCACUCAUUAUUUGGAGCUUUGGUGAACAGGAAAAUAUUCCUGCAAUUGCCUAGGGUACCCAUUCAGUGAAAAACAAUUGCAGCCACUAUGUAAAAAAUUAUAAAAUGUCCAACUUUAGCAGCAACAAUUGUAG